AAUCCACAACAUCGAACAAUCCGAGUUAACAUUAACUCCCAGUUAACAAUAAUUAAAAUUCACAAUUUUCCCCCUCGCUCGUUCCUCCUUGUUCCUUCCUCUGCUACAAUCUCCAAAAUACCCUUCAUGCCCCUCCCAUCAUCUCAGUUCAAGGGAGUAUAGAGAGAUGUCUAUAAGGCAUAGCUUCCACUUUUCAAGUCCUUUAUUUUCAUCCAAAAUUCUCAAGUAAUCAGAGAGUUUCGGGUUUGAGGAUAGUCAUGUCAUGCUGAAUGUAGCUGCCAACAAGUGGAGUAGGUAUGAAUUCUGCAAUGGAUGAUAUGAAUUUAAUUCAGCAUGCCCAGAGGCAUCACUUGGUUGUGAGGGAGAUUGGUGAAGAGAUUGACUUAGAAAUUGGGCCUGGGGAUGACGAUCCUUCGUUUGGUAACACUAUAAUUGUUGCCCCGAUGCGGGAAUCUUCUGUUGAGGAACAUGGUGAGAGCAAACAGAUGGGGAUGGUUUCUCAGCUUCCAAAUGAUGCUCAAGAUAUGUCGAAGAAUCAACCGGUGAAACGUAAGAAGAAGGUUGUUAAAAGAUGGAGAGAGGAAUGGGCAGACACCUACAAAUGGGCAUAUGUUGAUGUGAAAGAGGGGACGGCAAGGAUUUUUUGCUCUGUCUGCAGGGAGUAUGGCAGGAAGCACAGAAGAAACCCUUAUGGGAAUGAGGGCAGUCGAAAUAUGCAGAUGAGUGCUUUAGAAGAACAUAAUAACAGCUUACUUCACAAGGAGGCUCUUCGCCUUCAAAUGGCCUCGAAAGAGAAAAUUGUCGCUGACAAGCCUGUUUAUGUAAAAGCUGUUAUGUCAAAAACAGCGGGAUCCAUUCUUGAAGCUACACUGAAAAGGGAUCCUCAUGAGGCUGAAUUCAUUCAGGCAGUCCAGGAGGCAAUUCAAGCUCUAGAGAGAGUCAUAGCGAAAAGUUCUCAUUAUGUCAAUAUCAUGGAGCGCUUGUUGGAACCUGAACGAAUGAUUGUUUUUCGAGUUCCAUGGUUGGAUGAUAGGGGCGAGAUACAUGUUAAUCGGGGAUUUCGUGUACAAUUUAACCAGUCAAUGGGUCCAUGUAGGGGUGGUAUUCGUUUUCAUCCAUCAAUGAAUUUAAGUAUCGCCAAGUUCCUUGGUUUUGAACAGGCAUUAAAGAAUGCCUUAUCACCAUACAAAUUGGGAGGAGCAGCUGGUGGAAGUGAUUUUGAUCCAAAAGGAAAAAGUGAUAAUGAGGUUAUGCGAUUUUGCCAAAGUUUCAUGAGUGAGAUGUAUCGAUACUUGGGUCCUGACAGGGACCUUCCAUCAGAGGAAAUAGGUGUUGGUACUCGAGAAAUGGGGUAUCUGUUUGGACAGUAUAGACGCCUAGCCGGUAAUUUUCAGGGAAGUUUUACAGGGCCAAGGAUAUUUUGGUCUGGUGCCAGUCUUCGAACUGAAGCUACUGGCUAUGGGCUGGUUUUCUUUGCCCAGCUCAUGCUUUCUGACAUGAAUAAAGAACUCAAAGGAUUAAGAUGCGUGGUGAGUGGUUCUGGAAAGAUUGCAAUGCAUGUUUUGGAGAAGCUAAUUGCUUAUGGUGCUCUUCCCGUUUCCGUAUCAGAUUCUAAAGGAUAUUUGGUUGAUGAGGAUGGAUUUGACUACAUGAAAAUACAAUUUCUGAGAGACAUCAAAGCUCAACAGAGAAGUUUGAGAGACUAUUCAAAGACAUAUGCUCGGUCCAAAUAUUAUGAUGAAGCAAAACCCUGGAAUGAAAGGUGUGAUCUUGCAUUUGCAUGUGCUUCACAGAAUGAAAUUAAUCAAUCCGAUGCCAUGAAUUUGGUUAAUUCAGGUUGUCGUAUACUAGUAGAAGGUUCAAACAUGCCUUGUACCCCGGAGGCAAUUCAAGUUCUACGGAAAGCUAAUAUUCUUGUUGCUCCUGCAAUGGCAGCUGGUGCUGGAGGGGUUGUGGCUGGAGAACUUGAAUUAAAUCAUGAAUGCAGUUUGAUGCACUGGUCACCUGAGGACUUUGAAUCUAAAUUGCAGGAAGCAAUGAAACAGACUUAUCAGAGAGCUUUGAAAGCUGCAACUGAUUUCGGUUAUCAAAAAGAAAAUCCUGAGGCUCUGGUACAUGGAUCAGUCAUCUCUUCCUUUCUGACCAUUGCUCAAGCAAUGACUGAUCAAGGCUGUGUAUAGAAGUUCAUAUUUUUAUGCCUCUAUGGAGGGAAAAUCUGAAUGCACUUAAUAGUUGCAAGCCAAGGAUCAUGCUGAUAAAGUUUUAUUACCAUGGACAUUAAAUUAUCAAAGAUAUUUCAAUGUAACAUAUGUAACAUAAGAAUUUUAGACUUUAGAAAAGGUUAAAGAUUUAGAGGACAAGCUGUACCAUUAGAGGAAACCUCUGAUAUAGUUUUAGUUGUACAAGAUUAAAAAAAGGGUAUUUGGAUUAUUGCCAAGAAAAUGGUGAUUUCCCCCCCAUUUAUUUUAA